AUGAUGAGAGAUAUUUCUCCGCCUUACAUAAAUCCUGUUCCGCUCCCUCGGUUUCCCGCUCCAACUUCAUUUUCAUCUCGGCGUUUGCAGUUUGGGCAUUUGAAGAGUUUAUCCCUCUCCUAUUGUUUUUACAUAGACUCUCGUAGACCAGCUGUGUCACCAAAUAUGGCUGCCUUUAGUGCUCUCUCGCUGUGUCCAUAUGGUUUUACGUGUCGGCCAAGUCCCAGGAAGCGUUCAAUUUUGUGCUCUGUUAGCUCUUCUACUACCUUAGGUACACACACAUCUAAAGUGCCUCGUAAAAGAUCAGGUAGACUGGAAGGUGCUGGGAAAAGCAUGGAGGAUUCUGUUAAACGCAAGCUAGAACAAUUUUAUGAAGGUUCUAGUGGUCCUCCACUUCGCGUUCUUCCAAUUGGUGGCCUUGGUGAAAUUGGGAUGAAUUGCAUGCUGGUUGGAAACUAUGAUCGAUAUAUUCUAAUUGAUGCUGGUGUCAUGUUUCCUGACUAUGAUGAGCUUGGAGUCCAAAAAAUAAUACCAGAUACUACAUUUAUCAAGCGAUGGAGCCACAAAAUUGAAGCUGUUAUCAUAACACAUGGACAUGAAGAUCACAUUGGUGCGUUGCCUUGGGUGAUCCCAGCUUUAGAUUCCCAUACACCAAUAUACGCGUCAUCCUUUACAAUGGAGCUUAUUAAAAAGCGUUUGAAGGAGAAUGGGAUCUUUGUUCCAUCUAGACUUAACAUAUUUAAAACAAGGAGGAAGUUUAUGGCUGGACCAUUUGAGGUAGAGCCUAUCACUGUAACACAUUCUAUUCCUGAUUGUUGCGGAUUAGUUCUUCGCUGUGCUGACGGUACAAUUCUUCAUACCGGGGACUGGAAGAUUGAUGAAUCACCAUUAGAUGGGAAAGUGUUUGACCGUCAAGCUCUGGAGGAACUCUCAAAAGAAGGAGUAACAUUGAUGAUGAGUGACUCAACAAAUGUAAUGUCACCCGGAAGAACAAUUAGUGAAACAGUGGUAGCAGAUUCGUUAUUGAGGCGUAUUUCAGCUGCUAAAGGAAGGGUUAUUACUACUCAGUUUGCAUCAAAUAUACAUCGCCUUGGAAGUGUAAAAGCUGCUGCUGAUUUAACCGGUAGAAAGUUGGUAUUCGUUGGCAUGUCCUUAAGGACAUAUCUAGAUGCUGCUUGGAAGGAUGGAAAGGCACCAAUUGAUCCAUCAACUCUGGUGAAAGUGGAAGAUAUUGAUGCCUACGCUCCAAAGGAUUUACUGAUUGUGACUACUGGAUCACAAGCAGAACCACGUGCUGCCUUGAAUCUUGCAUCAUAUGGAAGUAGUCAUUCUUUCAAACUGACCAAGGAAGAUAUAAUUCUCUACUCAGCAAAGGUUAUUCCUGGUAAUGAAUCACGAGUGAUGAAAAUGCUAAACCGCAUAUCAGAUAUAGGAUCAACUAUAGUGAUGGGCAGGAAUGAAAUGCUGCACACAUCUGGUCAUGGAUACCGUGGAGAACUGGAAGAAGUACUUAAACUGGUGAAGCCACAACAUUUUCUUCCCAUCCAUGGAGAACUCUUGUUCCUGAAGGAGCAUGAACUACUUGGAAAGUCGACUGGCAUUCGACACACUACUGUUAUAAAGAACGGAGAGAUGCUUGGAGUUUCACACUUGAGGAAUAGGAGAGUUCUGUCUAAUGGUUUUAUUUCCCUUGGAAAGGAGAGUUUGCAGGUUGUUAUGUAUUGCGAUGGUGAUAAAGCAUUUGGUACAUCAACUGAACUCUGUAUUGAGGAGAGACUUAGAAUUGCAUCAGAUGGCAUUAUAGUGGUCAGCAUGGAAAUUUUACGCCCUCAAAAUGAUGAUCUGAUGGAGAAUAGACUAAGAGGAAAAAUAAGAAUCACUACACGUUGCUUAUGGCUUGACAAAGGGAAGCUUUUAGAUGCAAUUUACAGAGCUGCACAUGCUGCACUUUCAAGUUGUCCUGUGAAUUGCCCUCUAGCCCACAUGGAAAGAACUGUGUCCGAAGUGUUGAGGAAGAUGGUAAGGAAGUACAGUGGUAAAAGGCCUGAAGUUAUUACCGUUGCCACAGAAAAUCCUGCAGCUGUUCUCUCGAAUGAUCUCAGUGAGCGGCUAUCUGGCGAUUCACAUGUUGGUUUUGGGGUAUCAGCAUUGAGGAAAGUGGUGGAGAAACAUCCAAAAAGUAGCUUGUCAAACAAGAUGCAAGCAGAAGGUAGUCAUAUAAGAGAGAAGUCAGAGCAUAAUCUAGAAGUUGAUGACACUGAGGAUGGGACACUACUACCCGAGGAAGAUACUCCUGUUUCUAGUUUGGAUAGCACCGAAAGACUUGCAUCCAAGACUGAGGAUUCGGAUGAUUUCUGGAAAACUUUCGUCAAAUCGCCAUCACCUGUUGAAUCAGAAGCUGACAGCAGGGGCCAUAUCACCGAGAUCAAGGAAGAUGGUAGUGAAAGCAGUGGAGAUGACUCUAAAACAGAAAAUUCUCUGCCCAAGUCUUCCAAGCGUGUAAAAGGGAACAAAUGGAAACCUGAAGAGGUUAAGCAGCUAAUUAGAAUGCGUGGAGAAUUGCAUGCCAGAUUUCAAGUUGUAAAAGGUAGAAUGGCCCUCUGGGAAGAAAUUUCUGCUAGCUUGAUGGCUGAUGGGAUAAAUAGAAGUCCAGGACAAUGCAAAUCUCUCUGGGCAUCUCUGGUACGGAAAUAUGAGGAAAGCAAGAAUGUAAAGAAAAUCCGAAAAAGUUGGCCAUAUUUUGAAGACGUGAGUAAUAUUUUAUCAGACUCUGCGGCAACAGCAACUAAGUGAUAGUGAGAAAAAAUUGAGGAUGUUGCCCGCAGAGAGCAUAGUAAAAGGCAGUCUGGUUUCAAAUUUAAGUUCAGACUGAAUGAUCCAUCAAUGGCAUAAUAUUUGCUUUACAACAGAUUGAUCAUGUGGAAUAUCCUGUACAAGUGAAGAAUGGGUGGAAGGACAAAUGAAUCGACAGGUCUGGUUUUGAAAUACUUCUGUAAAAACCCACCAUAAUUAAGGAGAUGAAUCAUCAGUAAAGGGAAACUAGAGAGGAAGCAGUUUUGUAGCCUGGCAUAUCUGUAGUUCUGACGGUUGUCAGAUGGUUUAGGAAGAGCUAGUUGGGGGGUAAUUUCUAUUGUAAGGGAGGUUGAACCUCUGUUGUUUCUCUUAUUCUCCUUAAUUUAUUUUCUAUUAUUUGAAAGCCCACGGAAAUUAUAUUUGGAUAUCCGGUCAAAUUUAGUAAAAUUACUA